UGCGCAAACAAGAUUAGUAGAAAACUGGAGCUGUUUGUGGUCAAAUUUGCCUUUAAUAUAACAACCGGUGAAAGUAAAACUUUGAAAGGGUCUUCGCUGAAGUGUCUUCUUUGCUGAGAAAAGAAGUGUUUUACAAACAGUGCUUUAUAACCUUGAAGAUACGUUGUGUUUUCCUAGUUUACGAGUAAACCAAAACUCGUGACAGCUAUGGCUGCGGUGGACAGUUUUCACCUUUUGUACAGAGAAAUUGCGCGUUCCUGCAAUUGUUAUGUAGAGACAUUAGCUCUGGUAGGUGCGUUGUACACAGCUAGUAAGGCCGUUAUUGUAGCUCGAAACUCUUACCAGCUGCUUAGGCUUCAUUUCAUACCUCGACUAGCUAGGACUAGAAACCUUGUGGGGACGUAUGGAGAAUGGGCUGUCAUUUAUGGUGGAUCAUCUGAGUCACUCACAAUAGCAUACGCUGAGGAGUUGGCCAGGCAUGGCGUCAACAUCAUCCUCAUCAGCCCAGACAGCAGAGGUCUGACCAGCACAGCCAAGGACCUCUCCGAGCUCUAUGGCGUGGAGGCCAUCCUGGUAGAAGCUGAUUUUUGCCGUGGCCAGUCUGUCUGCAAACCCAUUCAGGAUGCCCUCAAGGACAGGGAUGUUGGGUUUGUGGUGAACAGCCUGGACUCCUCCUCUCUGGACCUCUCUCAGGGUUUCACCAACUUGUCAGAGGGGAGUUUGUGGGAGGCGCUGAAUAGGAGCGUCACUGCGGCCAGCCUGGUGACCCGCUUGGCCCUGCCCGGUAUGGUGGAGAGGAGAAGAGGAGCCGUGGUGAACAUCUCCUCCUGGGCAUGCAGCCAGCCGGCCCCCAACAAGGCUGCCCUUGCAGCCUCCACAGCUUACUUGGACCACUUCAGCCGAGCGCUGCACCACGAGUUUGGCCCCCGGGGCAUCUUCGUGCAAAGCCUGCUGCCGUGCCACGUGGGGCCCCAGGGCCCUGAGGAGGGACGAUGGGCCAUGGUCAGCAGCUGGCUGGUGCCCCCAGCCCAGGUCUACGCUCGGCACGCCGUCUCCACGCUGGGACUGUCCCACCGCACCACUGGCUACUGGCCUCACUCACUGCAGCUAGGACUGGUCAAGUGGAUGCCAGCCUGGAUGUGGAUGUUUGGGUCUCGCAUACUGGGCAGCACACCCUGAUUCUCUUCAGUUUUCUCCUCAACUUAUGGUGUGCUGGUGUGAGAAAUGUACUUUUUUAUUGACGUUUAAACCAAACAUGAGAUAUGAAAUAUCUUAAUUACAUGCAGUGGUUGAAAAGUGGCAUAUCUCCUUAGAUGUCAGACUAGAUAGAACUUCAAAAUGCACCAAAAAAUCAUUGGGAUUGUAUUACAUGUAUAGCAUUAUAAAAUUAAAUGUCUGCAGUCACAGCAAAACCACAAAUGUAUCAUGCAAAAUUGCCAUUUGCAUUCCUUGGGUAUGAUGGUAUUUAUUUCCUGUGUAUACCAUGAAUUUGUCAUGCAAAAUUGCCAUUUGCAUUCCUUGGAUGAGUGUGAUGGUAGUUUAUUUCCUGUGUUUGUGUGGGUUUGGACCCAUGGUUGCUUGAUUUGAGGUUUGAGGAAGAGUGUUUAACUCUUUAAACAUCUUUUCAAAGAAUGAUCUAGUGGAUUUUCUUUGGACUGACUAUGGUUUCUUAAAGAAACUGUACUAUUUAGGUUGGUUUGACUUGAAUCAUCUAUACAGAUUCAGUUGUGUUGUAAACAACUAUGGAAAAAUAUAUAUUUAUAGUUAUGUGUGAUGAUGGAAAACUGGGAUGAUCAGAAUGUCUGAUGUAUUAUGAAAUAUUCAUCACCAAAUUCUUGGUGGUUUUGGAAAGUAAAUCAAUCAUUUCAGUGCUGCUGUAAUUGAUUCAUGGAGAACUUCAAUAAACAUUUUGCCUUUA